AUGGUUAUUCAGCUGUUGUUAUGUGUGCCGAUGGAUGAAAUAUUUGAAGAAAAACCAACUUGCGAGAAGAGUUUUGUUGCAGACACGACAGACGUGAAUGAAAAAGUAAGCAAAAAAUGUCAGAUAAGAGGAAAUUCUAGGCGGAAUAGCAUAAGAAAUAAAAUAUUUGGAUGUAAUGUAGACCAACGCGUAGAAACGAAAACAUCUAGCAAACAUUUAUAUGAAAAAUUUGAGGAAUUAGAUACAAAACAAAAUGACAUUGAAAGCGAAGAGAUUCGACAGGCGACUGACAGGAGCAUUCAGCCAGGAGACGGACCACAGAUUAAUAAGAGUGAACAUAUGAAACCUAUUUUUUGUAAAAGAUAUUUUUGGGGCGAGACGGAUAUGUAG